AUGGGAAGCGAUACAGAAGCAGAGAAGUCGAUUCUAAAGGAGAAGAAGAAGGCUAUUUCUCUAGCUCCUAUUGCUAAACCUCUCGCUGGCAAAAAACUCCAGAAGAAGACAUUCAAACUCAUUCAAAAAGCUGCUGGAAAGAAAUGCUUGAAGAGAGGCGUAAAGGAAGUGGUCAAGAGCAUAAGAAGAGGCCAAAAAGGGUUAUGUGUUAUAGCUGGAAACAUAUCUCCGAUCGAUGUGAUUACCCAUCUUCCAAUCUUGUGUGAGGAAGCUGGAGUUCCUUACGUAUACGUUUCAUCCAAAGAAGAUCUUGCGCAAGCCGGGGCUACAAAGAGACCAACUUGUUGUGUCUUGGUCAUGCUUAAACCGGCAAAAGGAGAGCUGAGUGCAGAAGAUCUUGAAAAGUUAAAGACGGACUACGAACAAGUCUCCGAGGAUGUUAAAGAGCUUGCUUCUUCUGUAAUCUAUUAG